AUGGCUAAUCAACUGCCCCCUAGUUCCUCCAAUGGUGUAUUUGCGGUGUCGGGUUCUGCUAUCAUUGACGCGCCAAUAGAAAUAGUUUGGAACAAUUUGCUAGAUUUCAAAGGGUAUAAAGAGUGGAAUCCCUUUGUUCGCGAUCAAAACAUCACUGAUAGCUCUCGUAACGUUCUCCCAGACCAAACCCUCGCCGAGGGCAAAUAUGUGCACAUCUAUCCUGUCCACCUUACCCCAAGCCUUGAAGACGUACCAUUCUACAGCAGGUCGUCUGCAUUCGUCAUUUGUACGGCUUUAGAUCACGAAAAUCACCGCGUGGCAUGGAGAAUUUCUGGUCUGCCUCGGUGGCUGCUCGACGCAGAACGCUGGCAGUCAUGCACCGUGGAGCCAGGAGGGAAGGUCAAAUAUGAAAGCAUCGAGGUCUUCAAUGGUGUUUUGUCCUAUCUCGUACGUUUCUUUGUGGGGCAGAAGUUGAUCAACGGUGUGGGAGCCAUGGCGAAGGGCUUGAAGGCCAAGUCGGAGACCUAG